AAAGUCGCAAUGGCCUCUUCCCAGAUCAUUUUCAUUGCCAUCCUUGCACUACUUUUCACUUCUAUUUCUGCAAAGGAAUUUAUUGUAGGUGAUGACAAUGGUUGGACCCCUUACUUCAAUUACCAAGCCUGGGCCGAGGGAAAGGAGUUCGUGGUCGGAGACAAAUUAGUUUUCAAAUAUCCGGUGGGAGCACACAACGUCUUCAGAGUCAAUGGAACUGUCUUCCAAGAGUGCAGCAAGCCACCAGUGAGUGAGGCUCUGACCACCGGAAGUGAUGUGAUCACCCUUGCCACUCCCGGGAGAAAAUGGUACAUUUGUGGUAUUGCCAAGCAUUGCGCGGUAGGAAAUCAGAAGCUCGCAAUAACUGUUCUGUCUGAAUCUAUAUCUCCAGCAUCUGAGCCUGUUGGGAGUACUUUUGGUCCUGUCCCGUCCCCAAUGUCAGCCACACGCCCUGCACGGAAACUAGCUGUCAUGGAGGGAUGGCUUAAACAUUUGGCAUUCUUUUGA